CGGCGUGUCCGGGGAAGGAGCGCCGCGCCUGAGGAGGCGGCGGCGGGAGCAGCGGGAGCGACGGCUACCCGGCCCCGGGCCGCUGGAGGAUCGAGCAGCUGCCGCGAUGGAUCAGCUAUCAGAUGAAGAAAUUGACCAUGGAGCUGAAGAAGACAGUGAUAAGGAAGAUCAGGACCUUGACAAAAUGUUUGGAGCCUGGCUAGGGGAGCUGGACAAACUCACUCAGAGUUUGGAUUCUGAUAAGCCCAUGGAACCCGUAAAAAGAUCUCCUCUUCGUCAGGAAACAAAUAUGGCCAAUUUUUCUUAUCGAUUCUCCAUAUACAACUUGAAUGAAGCUCUGAAUCAGGGAGAAACUGUGGAUCUGGAUGCCCUGAUGGCCGAUCUUUGCUCCAUAGAGCAGGAGCUCAGCAGUAUUGGUGCAGGAAAUAGUAAGCGUCAAAUCACAGAAACAAAAGCCACUCAGAAGCUACCUGCUAGCCGACAUACAUCAAAACACGGCACUUUGAAAGGAUUGUCUUCUUCAUCUAACAGGAUAACGAAACCAUCACAUGCCAACUACUCCCUGGAUGACAUCACUGCACAGUUAGAACAGGCUUCCUUGAGCAUGGAUGAGGCUGCUCGGCAGUCUGUACUAGAAGAUACGAAGCCCUCAGUGACUAAUCAGCACAGAAGAACAGCGUCAGCAGGCACAGUGAGCGAUGCCGAAGUGCGCUCCAUUAGCAACUCCUCUCGCUCCAGCAUCACCUCCGCGACCUCUAGCAUGGACUCUUUGGAUAUUGAUAAAGUAACACGCCCUCAAGAACUGAAUUUGACACAUCAGGGGCAGCCAGUUACCGAGCAUGCUAUUUCUCUGAGAUGUUCCAGCAAGCAGGCCAAGCAUCAUACUGACUUCACAGAAGAACAGGCUGAGCUGACACCUCACUCCUAUCUGGACAGGGAAACCUCCCUUCUUCUGAGAAACAUUGCAGGAAAACCUUCUCAUUUGCUGACCAAGGAAGAACAGGCUGCAAAAUUGAAAGCUGAGAAGAUCAGAGUUGCCCUGGAGAAGAUUAAAGAGGCACAAGUGAAAAAGUUGGUGAUUAGAGUCCACAUGUCUGACGAUAGUUCUAAAACAAUGAUGGUGGAUGAGAGGCAGACAGUGAGACAAGUGCUGGAUAACCUAAUGGACAAAUCCCACUGCGGUUAUAGUUUAGACUGGUCGCUGGUAGAAACCAUCUCUGAAUUACAAAUGGAGAGAAUCUUUGAAGACCAUGAGAACUUGGUUGAAAAUCUUCUUAAUUGGACAAGAGACAGCCAGAACAAGCUUAUAUUUAUGGAACGUAUAGAAAAAUAUGCACUUUUCAAGAACCCACAGAAUUAUCUUCUGGGGAAAAAGGAAACUGCUGAGAUGGCAGAUAGAAACAAAGAAGUGCUACUGGAGGAAUGUUUUUGUGGAAGUUCUGUAACUGUGCCAGAAAUUGAAGGAGUCCUGUGGUUGAAAGAUGAUGGCAAAAAGUCCUGGAAAAAGCGUUAUUUUCUCUUGCGAGCAUCUGGUAUCUACUAUGUCCCUAAAGGAAAAGCAAAGGUCUCUCGGGAACUGGUGUGCUUUCUCCAGCUGGAUCAUGUCAAUGUUUAUUACGGACAGGAUUACAGGAACAAAUACAAAGCACCUACAGAUCAUUGUCUGGUGCUGAAGCACCCACAGAUCCAGAAGAAAUCUCAGUAUAUCAAGUACCUUUGCUGUGAUGACAUGAGGACCCUGCAUCAGUGGGUCAAUGGUAUCCGCAUUGCAAAGUACGGGAAACAGCUCUACAUGAACUAUCAAGAAGCCUUGAAGAGGACAGAGUCAGCUUACGAUUGGACUUCCUUAUCCAGCUCCAGCAUUAAAUCAGGAUCCAGUUCUUCGAGCAUCCCAGAGUCUCAGUCAAAUCAUUCUAAUCAGUCUGACAGUGGAGUAUCUGAUACUCAGCCAGCAGGACACGUCCGCUCUCAGAGUAUUGUGAGCUCCAUCUUCUCUGAAGCCUGGAGACGUGGUACUCAGUUGGAAGAGUCCAGCAAGGCCAGAAUGGAGUCUAUGAACCGACCCUACACCUCACUUAUGCCCCCUUUAUCCCCACAGCCCAAGCUGGUUACCCCCUACACUGCCUCACAGCCUUCCCCACCUCUGCCGCCCCCGCCUCCCCCCCCUCCCCCACCCCCACCUCCUCCCCCUCCCCCUCCCCCUCCUCUGCCCAGCCAGUCUGCACCUUCUGCUGGCUCAGCAGCCACCAUGUUCGUCAAGUACAGCACAAUAACCAGGCUGCAGAACGCUUCUCAGCACUCAGGACCCCUGUUCAAGCCUCCACCACCCUCAGUGAUGCAGUCUCUGACAUCCACCUCCCAGUCAGGAAAGCCUCAGAUCCUGGUGCCCCCCAAUGGAGUCGUUCCCCCACCCCCUCCUCCGCCCCCGCCCCCCACCCCAGGCUCAGCCAUGGCGCAGCUCAAACCGGCACCCUGCACCCCAUCCCUCCCGCAGUUCAGCCCUCCACCCCCUCCACUGAAGAUUCAUCACGUUCAGCAUGCCGUCCAGGCGGCCCCUCCGACACCGCCACCACCCCCUCCUGUCCCUGCACCCCUCCCUCCCCAAGCGCCCCCCAAGCCCCUUGUGACAGUGCCCCUACCAACCGGCACCAAGACCGUGCCACCUGUUAUGACACAAGCUGUGCCACCCACGCCUACUCCUCCAGCUCCCCCAGCAAAAAAGCAGCCCGCUUUCCCUGUCUCCCACGUGCCCCCCUCUUCCCCUGCUCCUCCUGCUCCAGUCCCCCCCCCAACAUUGCCUAAGCAGCAGAGCUUCUGUGUAAAGCCACCUCCGUCUCCGCUGUCUCCGGUGCCCUCGGUCGUGAAGCAGAUCGCCAGCCAGUUUCCGCCCCCUCCAGCCCCUCCUCCCGCGGAGCAGCCCUUCAAGCCGCCCUCAGCAAGUGUGGCCCCACAGUCCCCUCCUGCUGUAAAAGCAAAACCCAAGUGGCAGCCCAGCUCUAUCCCUGCCCCCUCUCCGGAUUUCCCUCCUCCUCCACCCGAGAGCAGCCUGGUGUUUCCCCCUCCCCCCCCGCCCCCUCCUCCGCCCCCGCCCCCGCCCCCGCCCGCCCCGGCCCCGGCCCCGGCCCCGCUGCCUCUGACAGCUACACCCCCAGCUUCUGCCUCUGACAAAAGUGGCUCUCCGGGGAAAAAGACCAGUAAGACGUCCAGCCCUGGGGCCAAGAAACCUCCCCCGACCCCACAGCGCAACUCCAGCAUUAAGUCCAGCGGUUGCGCAGAGCACCCUGAGCCCAAGAGACCCUCGGUAGACAGUCUAGUGAGCAAGUUUGCAUCGCCAGCAGAUCCCUCAGGGUCUCCCAGCAAAGAGACCCAGUCGCCUCCGGCAGCGCCCCCCAAACCCGGAAAACUAAACCUUUCUGGAGUGAACCUUCCCGGAAUUCUCCAGCAAGGGUGUGCGUCGACAAAAGCCUCUGUCCUGAGUGCGCGCGGAAAGGACUCUGUGGUAGAAUUUCCUUCUCCUCCGUCCGAUUCUGACUUCCCCCCUCCUCCGCCGGAAACAGAGCUGCCUCUGCCCCCCAUCGAGAUCCCCGCUGUAUUCUCGGGAAACACCUCUACAAAAGUGGCCGUCGUCAAUCCUCAACCACAGCCGUGGUCCAAAACAUCGACGAAGAAAGCCCCUCCACCCACACGACCCAAACGGAACGACAGCACCCGCCUCACCCAAGCAGAGAUCUCUGAGCAGCCAGCAAUGGCCACCGUUGUGCCACAAGUGCCCACCUCCCCCAAGUCCAGCCUUAGUGUCCAGCCUGGAUUCCUCGCUGACCUCAACAGGACACUGCAACGGAAGUCCAUCACCCGGCAUGGCUCGCUCUCCUCCUCCCGCAUGUCCAGAGCAGAACCCACGGCCACCAUGGAUGAUAUGGCAUUGCCGCCGCCCCCCCCGGAACUGCUUUCUGACCCACAGAAGGCCGGUUUCGGAGGUAGUCACAUAUCGGGCUAUGCAACGCUGCGGAGAGGACCCCCUCCCGCCCCCCCCAAAAGAGACCAGAACACCAAGCUCUCAAGAGACUGGUAGUGGCUACCGUUGGACUUUAUUUUCAUGGUAUCUGUAACCAGUUCUUCAAUCAGCUCACCUGAUCAUCUGUGAUUCUGGUGUUCAGAGCCUCCUAGUAUGAUGAUGUGGUUAUUCAGGUAGAACCCAGCUGUAUGUGUGUGUACGUGUGCGUGGACACGCAUAGCUCUGCAUAUAUAGGUAGUGUGUGUAUGUAUAUGUAUGUAUAUGUACACAUAUAUGUAUGUGUAUAUGUAUAUAUAUAGCUCAGAGUGAGUCUAUUUAUUCCUUUUCUCUCCUAAUCUGAAAAUGGGUUGUGUAUUUUGGGUGGAAGAGACAUGGAAGGGGAUGUGUGUCCUGUCCCUUAACGAUUUCUGUUAUGUAUCAUGUGGAUUGGACCAAAAACUCCCAGUGACUGACUGAGAAGGCAUUUGUAAGUGUCCAUGUGCAGCCUCUCUGUGCAUGUCGUGUGUUAUAUAUUAAGGAUUAGGUGUAUUACGUGCUGUUUCUCAGUUGGAGAAGACAACAGAACGUUCGGUGUAUCGAUGGGGCUUUUGUGUCCGUUUCUCCCCAGUCGGCUGAAGUUCGAACUGCUUGGCUGACACUUGCUCGCUUACACGCGAUGAGCACUUUAAGUCGGGAAGCGGUCAGCAGCCUGGGGGGUCCCUGGCGCGCGGGCAGUUUGCACAGCUGCCGCGUCCGUCCGCGCUCGCGCACGGGGAGUAAGCACGUGUGUGACCGAACCGUUCUAGUUGCAGUAGUGCCGCCCUGAUCCCACCUGUGUCUACGAUGUGUUCUGUCACAGGGAAGCUCUUUGUCUACAACACAUGGAUAAUUGAGUACUGUAAUCCCGGGUAGUUCUUUUUAUACUGUUGGACUCUGUUUCCUGAGCUUUGCGAAGCCUCGAGUUUGGCUUCGUGAUCCUUUGGUUUUGCUUUGUGGUUCGAGAGUAUCUGAUGCAGUCCCCUUGGAAUGCUCCGUCCCCGUCUGUCUUUGGUCCCCAGGUAUCGUGUGUGCUUUAGGUAGACGUGGAUACUAGAGAUCUGUGGACAGUUGCUAUUUCAAAUAUACAUAUCCCAUGUCCAAUACAGUGCAUCAUGACAAAAAACAAAAUUAGCUUCUGAAAUAAGUCUUUUUUGUGUGUUGCUCUAGGGUGGGUGAUUAGGAAAGAACAGAACUGCCCCCUGUGUGGGUAUCAUUAGGUUGUGUGUGGACUGUGAUGUGUAACAAAGAAUUCACUGAAGUGUGGGACUAUCCCAGAGGGAGGGGAAGCGGGGAAGCUUUGGACCGCUUCAUCCUUAGCCGCUGGCACGCACUGGGACUCUUGCUCGCUGUGGCCUGGUUGUGGAGAUCCGUCCAGGUCCCCGGGACUCUGACGGAGGAGUGUAGUCCGAGUACAGUGAGUGACAUUACAUAUUAUGCAUGUGCAGUUUGGUAUGAAAUGAAAUCAUUAAUGACCCACUACAAUCCUGUAUGCUUCACACUAUGCUUAAUGCCUUUGUUUUUGUCCUGUGAGUUUUCCUUGGUAUAUGAGAGAAUCGUGUACUGCCUCAUCAGUGUACGAUGGUGAAGUGACCAUUACAAAUAAACUGCGAUCUCAGAGCUGCUCUUAAACAACAACUAGCCAUCCCAGCAGUGACACCCGAGCACAUCUUGUCAUGACCUCUCUACCUGUCGUGAAUAAGGAUUUCCAGUGCAAACUGCAAAAAUCUUUGGCGUUGUCCCAUGAGGAAAAAGUGAUGUCAGUGCAGUGGGGCAGUUAGUAAAUAAUUUAAGAAUAAGCAGAAGUUGUACCAUAUACACAAGAUACUGCUGUAAACCCACCUCCAAGAAAGGACUGCAUCACAGAGAAUUCCAAGUGCGCCUCCCCGUUCCUAGAUCUCUAGGACACUUGGCAGUUCACGUGCUUAUGGAGCAAUAAGAAUAUGUAUCAUUGUGCGUUUUUUAAAGCCCUGCUUCUUUAGAAGAUGACUUUUUGGAUCUUUUCAUCUGUUCUCGUAGUUCUGUCUGCUCGAUGGGCUUAGGAAGCGACCUUUCGCACAUCCGCACUGUUGAUUCCAGCGGCACAGCGCUCUCGGCAGUGGCUCCGCGCCGGCGGCCGCGCUGCGCCUGCGCGGGAGCCCACAGCUCCGCCUGCGGCUUUGCGGGAGGGUCAGCGCGCUGAGGGCGGCGCAAACAGGGGCCUGUUUCAGCUAGUGGCUUGGUUAAUUAGUGACACCCCUAACUUCCGCCACAGAUCGCUCCAGAAUUGGCGAUCGCCCUGUGCUUAGUCUGGGUACCGACUCUGAAGGGCAGCAGAGCCUGUUUUGUUAACAGAUAUCACAGGUUCUAGGUAAGAACAUAAAAGCUAGAUUUUUCUGUACUGAAAUUUUAUUCAGCUUGGAUUUUACUACUCACAUUAUUUCUUUAGCUGCUCUGAUUUCCCCUUAGGAAAGGUAUUCUUAUGAUUUGUAUAGGUACCCACUUAACUGUAAAUUGGAUUUUUUUAAUUUCCGGGACUUUUUAAGAGGAGAAAGAUUGGUGACUUAAAAAUUACAGGAAACCGUUUUCAUCAGAAAAUGUCUAAUAUCGUGUAGACGUGAUGCUGUUGUAUAGCUCCUGCCCACUGACGGCAUCCUCUGAGGGCUGGGAACGAUCGUGGAAGUCCCCUCUCUGAAUGUUGACUUGCCACUAAAAACAAUGCUGAGUUUAUCAAAGUUCAAACAAAAUUGGGAGAUCAUGAUCCAAUACAGUGACAACUCUGAGAUCAAGAUUAAUAGGAGCUGUGCACCCAGUUAGUUUCAGAAGCUGCUCUUCUGGGAGAAUAUACCAUCGUUAGUGAGCUGGCGUCAAGGAUGUAAGGUGACAACGGAGCCUGGGAAAAAAGUUCAGAUAAUGGUACGGACCAGUUUUAUUUGACUCUCAAGCCGCCAGCAGAGAACCCUUUGUCACCUUUUUUUCCUCAGCUAAAAACAAUUUCUUACAAACACAAGGUGAAUUUAAACAAAAAACCUUUUCCCUAUUUUUUUUUUCAUAUACCUUCAGAGCUAACAUGAUAACUGAUGCAGUGUCUCAGAUUUUACUCAGGUUUAGACUAGUUAAACCUGUAUGGCCCUGUAGGAUUAUGGGUGUAAUGACUUGCUUUAGGUAAAGUAGGUAUGAUAAUUUGGAUCACACACUUGAGGAGAAGAUGUCUAUUUCUAAAACUCCCUUUUAGGUUGCCAGUUUCUUUUGGCACUUUUGCUUUUAUACACGUUACAGCAUUUAUAUAGGGUUAUCCCUAGUCCUCUAAGAAUAUGUGCUCACUCACCAAACUGAGAUUUGAUGCACAGAGAUGCGAGUACAAUGAAAUAUCCCACUAUCUUUUAAGAUUUAUUUUCCUUUAAAAAUUCAGUAGAACAUUUCUCUACUUUUGCCGGUCUGUCCCUCCAACUAAACAAGUGCUCUAUUCUUAUUGUGCCCUUGGAAGGUCUGUAUGUAAAACAAACCUGAAAUUUAGCUGUAGAAUAAAUUUGCUAAAGAAAAACAAUGUGCUUGAUAAACACAUAAGGGAAAAAACCUCCAGAUUGUUUGCUCUUUGUUGAAGAGAAGACACCAUCUGCUAUAAUCCCCAGUGCCUUGAACUCUCUUGGAGGAAUAGCAUUU